AUGAAACGUUUUCUAACAAUUGAACAAGCGCUUGCUCAACUUUUUGAAGAGGAACCAAUUGAAGAAAGAGAUAUGGUUAUAAUUCCGCCAAACCCCUCUGCAGUUAGUGAUGAAGAAGAUUUCGAUGAAAAUGACUUAACAAAUGUUGGAGUUUUGCCUUCAGAUACAGCUGGAGAAUUGGAGAUUCAUAAUUCAGUUGAUGACGACCUUCCAGAACCAUAUUCUACAAGAAGCUAUUCUCGAAUUUCUCACAAUUUAAAAUGGAGAAAAACGGAUGCAAUAUAUUCUUCAAGCCCUUUCAAUGGAGAAAAGGAAGGUGUAAUAAAACUUGAAAAUGAUUUACAUGGUAAAAGUCCAUCAGAUAUAUUUUCUUUAAUUUUCGACGAAGACUUAUAUUCCCUAAUUGUAGAACAAAGUAAUAUUUAUGCUAAACAAAUGAAUAGACCUAACAUAUGCAUAACCAUCCAAGAUAUUCAGAGAUUUAUUGGAAUUCUAUUAUUUACUGGAUAUCAUUCUCUCCCACAAGAAAGAAUGUACUGGUCUAAUGACAGCGAUAUUUCUAUUCCAAUAAUCCGGGAUACAAUGACCCAAUUACAAUUUCGAAAUUUGAAAUAUAAUAUCCAUUUGGCAGACAAUACUAAAAUAGAUAUACAUGAUAGAUUUUAUAAAUUUAGGCCUUACAUUAAUAUAUUGAAUAAUAAAUUUCAGCAAUUUGGAAUUUUCAAACAUCAUUUAUCAAUAGAUGAACAGAUGAUACCAUAUCGAGGAAGACAUUCUUGCAAAAUGUUCAUAAAAGGAAAACCAAUUAGAUUUGGAUACAAGUCUUGGAUAUUGGCUUCUUCCGACGGUUACGUAUUCUCAUUUGAUAUAAAUCAAGGAAAAAGCGAAAAUAAAUAUGAAUAUGGAUUAGGUGGAAAUGUAAUCAUAAAAUUAUUAAAGGCAUUGCAAAAACCAAAUUAUCAUAAAAUAUAUUUUGAUAAUUUCUUUACAUCAUUUAAACUCUUGUCAUACUUAAAACAAAUGGGAUAUUUUGCAACUGGAACUGUCGAGAGUUUUCUAGUAGGAUAA